UCGAAGACCGCGGGCGCCGCCGAGGAUAAGAAGCGCAAGGCCGACGCCGAGGAGACCAAGACAGCGCCGAAGAGGCCGAAGAAAGCCUGCGACGCGAUCUCGACGACGGUCGGCGGGUUGGAUAAGCUCUACGCAGAGUGCUCUGAUCCUGGCGUGGCGGAGUGCGCGCUGUCCAGGCGCGCGCAGACGGCCGAGGCGACGUCGGCGACCAUCGCCGCCGCCCACGACGCGCUGAACGCGGCGAUCGAGGCCAAGCAGUGCC